AUGGCAGCCAAUUUGAUAAAUCGUUUAUGGCAAUCAUUUCUUCAAUUAAAUCUUUUCAAAAAGUCAUCGAGUACUGAUCAAACUCUUUCAAAAGAACUACUUUCUACUCGUAUAUAUGUCUGUUUAUUACUUGUAUCUUUAAUUGCAGUUGCAAUAAUUACUUCAUUUAUGAUUCGAACUAUUGAGAAAACUGAAGAUACACCUUCUCGUACACGAUUUUUACAAUUAACGAAUAGCUAUUCAAAUACUUUGUAUUGUCCAUGUUCAAACCAUGCUAUUACAUACAGUACAUUUGUUACAACUGAAGUUGAUUUUCAUCAAGUUUGUUCAAGUGAAUUUAUUGAACAAAUAUGGAUUGAUAAGUUAUUUACAAAUGAAAAUAUUUCAUUUGAAUCUACAGAAGAUUUUCGUGUUACUUUGAGUUUCUUUUGGCAAAUCAUUGCAGGUUUAUGUAUUGCAAGUCGAAGAAGUUGGGAUGAUGCUGUAGCAAAUUUUAAUACAUCACGUAUUCUUACUCCAGCAGUAUCUGUCGAAGAAACUAUUCGAAGUCAAGUUCAAACAACAUUUAGUAGUCAAAUCAAUUUGACUCAAACAGCACUGGCUCAUACUUUACUUGCUAUUCGUCUUAUGACU